AUGGUCGUUUUUUUCAGUCGCGCUGUGACACUUCAAGUGAAAUCCGUUCGUAAACAGUAUCUCACGUCGAACAGGCAAUUAAGUGAGAAAAGAUCAUCCUUGUUGAAUUGGUUGGAAAAGGUAUAUCUGACAAAUAACCUAAAGAACAAGUGUCGAGGCUUUGUUAUUCAUAACUCACCAAAUUUUUACCUCUACACUCCAGAAAUAAUUUCUACGACUAUCCUGAUCACCGGUAUAUUUAUCGACUCCGAUACUAUCGAGUUAAGGGAAAGGCUAAGACGUUUUAUUGCAUAUGAAAGAAAAUGUCAUCAAGUAAAAAUUCGCAAGACGAGACGUACAAGAUUGAGAAUCAAGAGGAAUCCUAGAAAGAAUGCACAAAUUGCGUUCACCGUGGUCAUGAUGGUUGCAUUGAUAGUUAUAUCCGUGGAUGUUUUCGUGGUUCGUCGGAAAAAGUUCAAGAUCUGA